CGUUCUCAAUUUUUUUACAGUUAGUGAACCCUAAAGCAACCUUUUUCAACAAGUGUGCAGAUGACUCUUGCAAAUCGACGGACUGGGCAAUUGCUUUUCAAAAUCCGAAGGACUUUCUAUGGAAGAACGACCAAGCUUAUUUUUCGUCUUUUCCCACAAUUAUCGAACUUUUACGUUCAAACAUUGCAUUAAGCUUGUCUAAGGCUAUAACCCUAUCGUUCGUAAAGUGUCCGUAAUUAGUCCAAUGUCUCUACAAAUGAGUACGUAUCAAAGUGGAUGUAGGUAAUUUAACAUUAAGGUAUUGAUGAUGUAAUUUAAUUCAAAUAUGAUGAUGCAUCUCUUACUUGACUAGAUAACCAAUGGAUCGGUCUAUUCGAAUUGUGUAAUGAAGUCAUCUAUUAGUCAUCAUUUCGCACUUCUCGUGUUUGUGUGUCUAAAAAUAAAUUCACAUCUAAAACACAAAGAUAAGUUUGCUCAAAGUUUAUCACUCAGCUUCCAAUAAAUAGCAUUAAUAUGUUACAGUUAGUUAUUGCAUUUACAAUAUUAUAUAUCAUUCCAUCCUAUUCGUCAAGAGUCUGCGAAGAGACGUCGUUUCCAAACAUACCAGUAUGGGUUAAAGAAGAAAGUGGGGAGCGCUUUCAAACGGUGCAAGGGUGCAUAACUUCAACCCAGUUGCAUUAUAACAUCUUAAAGAAAAUUAGAGUCUCAAGACAACGUUUUACGUCUUUAAAGAGAGGAGCAGUUGCAAAUAUCUCCGCCAAUUUUAGCCUUCAAUUUAUUCAUAAUCCCAAUCUUACAACAGUCAUGGGCGAAGCAUUCCUAAAUAUUCCAUGCGUACUAGAAAUCGAUUUAAGUGACAAUAUGAUUAAUUGGAUCGAAAGCAACGUAUUUGACAACAUGCUGUAUUUGGAAGCAAUCGACUUAUCAAAAAACCAACUUGAAGUGUUAAUGCACCACACAUUUCAUCACCUUCCAAAUUUGACAAUAAUCGAUCUCAGCGACAACAAAUUUGAACACUUCAAUCAGUAUUGGUUUUACAAUGCAUCGAAGUUGGAGAUCAUCUUCGCAAGUAACAAUCGUAUUUCAUCUCUACCAAGAGCUUCAUUUAUAACCUUGCCGUCAUUACAAGGCAUCGAUUUGGAGAACAACCAAAUUUUUUACAUACACAAACUUGCGUUUCAAGGCCUAGAAACAUUGCGUGAGUUAUACCUUGGCAAAAAUAAAUUAACAAAUCUUCAAGUGGAUUUUAGCCCAACACCAAACCUACGAUUCCUGGGAGUAAACGAAAACCAAAUCACUUACAUCUCAGAUCAGACACUAACUCAGUUGCAAAGUGCACUGCGUAUGCUAUGGAUUCAUUUCAAUCCCUGGCAGUGUAGUUGCAUUGAAAAGGUGUUAAAUUGGGGUGCUACUUAUAAUAUAAGUGUUUCCUUUAAGUGCAGUAAUAGUGAUCUGUUUUGCGUUGUUCCCAAGACGUUUCAAGAUGAAUGUACUGAUCUUAGGCGAGAGGAUUUUUAUAGCGAUUGUUUUAGUCAGUUUCAGGGAUUUUGCAAUAAAAUCAUCAACUAAUAUUAUCGUGCCUAAGGUUACCGCUGUUUAAAAAUAUGUAAUGUAAAAAAUAAAAAUCCUCCCAUUGCUAUUCAAAAUUGUGCAAUUCACUGCAGUUUUUCCACCCUCCCAUUGAAUACACAAUCACAAAGUCUGUUAAUUUUGAUUUUUUAUUUUUGUUUACAGUGCUUAGUCGAGCUUUCACAAAACACCCAGCAGUAGAUACUGCACUAUCAAUUUGUCCCUUUAUUGCUGAUGUUAACAAUCGAUUGGCCGUAUUCCUCUUUUUUGCCGUAUUGAGUGCAGUAGGUAUUAAUUUGUUCUUCAGUUUUAGUAGAGUCACUGGAGGUUGUAACUGGUGAUAGUAUCAUCGAUAUACAAUUAUAACUAAAAGAGGUCCAAUUAUGGAACCGUGUGGAAUCUCUAUAACCGCUUCGUGUGGCUCAGUGGAGUUGAAGUUCGACCAAGGGUACCUGAUGGUUCGACGUUCGAAUCCGGGUUCGGACAUAGAAGUUUGUGGUAUUCUAUGCGGAUAUUUAGAAUAUUCACAUACCUUAUCUAGCAUGUUAAAAGAAUAUCCAUGUUAUCUGGCACAAAUCAGCUGAAAAAAGACGCUCAGGGUGAGAUAAAGCACAUCACGCAACAAAGCGAUCGAUUAAACAAAUUAAGUUUAAAUACCUAAAGUUUUAAUUAUUAUUUUUAUCAUCCGCUCAUCGAACAGACGCACCGACAAAUAAAACAAGCACCAAGCAUGCUUAGGGUGACUUCGUUUUAAUUCCAAAUAUAUACAGGGGUUAAUUUAUUGCAACUAUUGAGAGGUUCCACCCUGUAUAUACAACUUACGAUGAUACAUACAUUUUUGAGAGUUGGCAACCAUGCAAU